AUGCUGGAGGUGAAUGGGUCUGAGUGUGAGUGUGCCGUGUGCUGGAAUCCAUAUGACAACGCGUUCCGGACGCCCAAGAUCCUGGAUUGUAAACACACCUUCUGCCUGGAGUGCCUGGCCCGCAUGAGUUUGGCUUCAGUGCCGGACAUGGAGCCGGCCAUGUCGUGCCCUCUGUGCCGCCACCUCACGCCGCUCGGCCCCGGGCAACUGGUCACCGGACUCCGCACUAACGGGGAUAUCCUGGCCCGCAUGAGGCUGCAGCCGCUCCACGUGUAUCUGGAUCACGGCCGCCUGUUCUACAAGGGGCCCGGCAAGGCCAGUUUCCUGCUUCGCCGACCCACCGUCUACACCUUGAGCUUGGAGAUGGAGCGGGAGAACGGUCUCCCUGUCCGCACUCAGGCCGCUCCGGCCAUGGACGAGAGACUCCCACACAACACCAUGUGGAGAUGUUGCCAGAGUCCACCCUGCCGGACUGUCACCUACAUCCUCAUCGUUAUAUUCGGCAUCACCAUCAUCCUCGUCAUCUCACUCUUCUGGACCAAGAAAAUACUCUGGGAUCUGGGCUGAGGAGACACCUGGCCAAGACACUGCCUGGCCUGUUCAAUGCUUCCAGCAUUUUCUGUUUUUAUUUCAGAUUUCCAGCCAGUUUUGUUUUUGUCCUUCUUUCAAUUGUGCCUUGUGGUUUAUAAACUUACCCACUCGCUUAAGAAGGCAAGACUUGGGAAGUUCGGCAUGUCCCCAACAGAUCUCACCAACUUCUACAGAUGUGCCGGGGAGAAAGCAUUUCAUCGGGAUACAUCACAGGGCGGUGUGGGAACAGCUCCAGGCAAGACACGCAAGAAAUCGCAGAGAGUUGUGGACGCAGCCCAGACCAUCACGCAAACCAACCUCCCUUCCAUUGACUCCAUCUACACCUCACGCUGCCUCGGCAAGGCCAGCAGCAUCAUCAAGGACCAGUCUCACCCUGGCCACUCCCUCUUCCCCCCAUCAGGCAAGAGGUACAGAAGUGGGAAAACGCUCACCUCCAGAUUCAGUGACAGUUUCUUCCCGGCUGUUAUCAGGCAACUGAACCAUCCUAUCACCAGCUAGAGAGCAGUCCUGACUUCCCAUCUACCUCAUUGGAGACCCUUGGACUAUCUUUAGUUGAACAUUAUUGGACUUCAAUGUUAUAUCUUCCACUGAACAUUAUAUUCUGUAUCCUUUAUCUCUCCACUGUGGAGGGUUUGAUGGUAAUCACGUAUGGUCUUUUCGUUAGCACGCAACAAAAGCUUUUCACUGUACCUCGGUACACGUGACAAUAAACUAGACUAACUAAAA